AGAAACGUCUGGCCUUGUCAGGGAGGGCUGGUUCCCCAAGUCUACUCUAUAAAAAGAUGAUCCAGCCCAUGAUCAAUCGCGCAGCUUUGAGGAGCGUCAUGUCGUGUUGUGAGUGCAGAGCCAGUGAGGACACAGCGCGGGGGAGCAUCCUCUACAGCAUCCUCAACAGAGGCACCGAGGAGACGCCCGCUGCGCACCAGCUCUGCUCCUGCGCCUCCAAGAGGAAACUGGUGGCGACUCGAGCUCCACACUUAGUCUUCAAAGCGGCCUCGGAGGUGCUCGUGAAAACUUUCAAGUUCGUGAAAAAUGUACCGUGUUUUCGCGGUUUGCCGGCGGAGGAUCAGCUGCGGCUGGUGCGCAACAGCUGGGCGCCGCUGCUGGUUUUGGGCAUGGUGCAGGACUCCGUGGACUUCGACACGGUGGAGACGCAGCAGCCCAGUCUGUUGCAUAGGAUUUUAACGCACAGCAAGGAGCGGCAGCAGCGCGCUCCGGCCGAGAUUCAACACCCGGGGGUGCCUGUCAGUGACGCCGAGGGGAUCAAGAUGUUUCUGGUCAGGUGUAGGGGACUGAGGAUCAGCGUCAAGGAGUACGCCUUCCUGAAGGGAGCGAUACUGUUCACCCCGGAGGUGACGGAGUUGGAGUGUCGGGACUACAUCCAGGCGCUCCACACGGAGGCAGAGCGCGCGCUUUACGAGCACGUGAGGACGGCGUGCCGCGGCAACGUGGGCCGGUUCGGCAGGCUGCGCGCGGUCCUGAGCACGCUGCGGUCCAUGGACCCGGAGGCGGUGGCGGGACUCUUCUUCAGACCCGUGACCGGGAGGAGCAGCAUAGAUGAACAUGUGCUCGCCAUGUUUUAUGAGCGGUAGAGACAAAAUUAGGGAAGACAUUUGGGACUGGGGCUUAAUUUCAUGCCAUCAUGCAGGCUAUUUAUUUACCUGUUUAUAUUGUUCUUUUCAUUUUAAAACCUGUACUGUCAGCUUUCAUUUAUUUAUUUAUUCAUGAGGACUCUGAGGACCACUGCAGACCUAAUAAAAAAGAUUUCCUGGCACAUUCCAGUCCUAAAGUAUUCAGACCUGAACAAAUCCCCUCCUUUUUUUUUACUGUGACACAAGGUAAGACUCUAGAAAGCAGGGUGGGAAUAGCAUCUCAAUAAGAGCAUUGCUUACAUAACAAAAGUGUAAUAAAAGCAUCUGUCCAAACACUGACACAACUUAUUCACAAACACCUCCUUCAGCUCAAUACAGCCAUCGAUAAUCCUCACGCAGCAAGUCACAAACUUCCACGUACAACUGUUAAAAACACUUUGAGCUCGCAAACACCAACAACAGCUGCAGAGCUUCUGCAAACACGACCAACGCCAACACAACCACAACAUUAAUCUACAAGCAUAAACAGCAAGCGAGCACGUGAUCCUGCAGGUUUGAAGAGUUGCAUUUAAACAAGAAAGCAAAGUGAAGCAUGAAGCAGCUCCUACCAUUGAUGAUCAGCUUGACAGGCGGAGAUGAUCACCCAUCUUCCUGCAAAAGACAAGCAUGUAAACAGGGUUAAAAGCUAGUCAAAGUACAGAAGGGUGACAUUUAAGUGUUGAAUCAGACGCUGUUUAGUGGCAAAU